GGCGCGGGGCCGCACCCCGGCCGGGCUGUGCGCUGACGGCGGGGGCGGCGCUCUGCGGGCUCUGGGUCCUGAGCGCGGGCGGGGAGCCGCUGCGUGCGCCGAGUGCGCGGGGCUGCGCUUGUGUGCGUUCGCGUGCGCUUCUGGGCGCUCGCUGCCGCCGCCGCGCCUUUGAGUCAGCAAACUCCACUGCCAGCCUGGCCACCGCUCUGCUCAGCCCAGCCCUGACCCGAGGAGCCCCCUAUUGUUCGUGUGUGUCCUGUGUUGAAGAUGUUUCCAGAACAACAGAAAGAGGAAUUUGUAAGUGUUUGGGUUCGAGAUCCUAGGAUUCAGAAGGAAGACUUUUGGCAUUCUUAUAUUGAUUAUGAGAUAUGUAUACAUACCAAUAGCAUGUGUUUUACAAUGAAAACAUCUUGUGUACGAAGAAGAUACAGAGAAUUUGUCUGGCUGAGGCAGAGACUCCAAAGCAAUGCAUUAUUGGUACAAGUGCCAGAACUUCCAUCGAAAAACCUAUUUUUCAACAUGAACAACCGCCAGCAUGUAGAUCAGCGUCGUCAGGGUUUGGAAGACUUCCUAAGAAAGGUCCUCCAGAAUGCACUUUUGCUUUCAGAUAGCAGUCUUCACCUCUUCUUGCAGAGCCAUCUGAAUUCAGAAGACAUUGAGGCAUGCGUUUCCGGGCAGACUAAGUACUCUGUAGAAGAAGCGAUUCACAAGUUUGCCUUGAUGAACAGACGGUUUCCUGAAGAAGAUGAAGAAGGAAAAAAAGAAAAUGAUGUAGAUUAUGAUUCAGAAAGUUCAUCCUCUGGGUUUGGACAUAGUAGUGAUGACAGCAGUUCACAUGGAUGUAAAAUGAGCACAGCUCCGCAGGAAUCCUGAAAAAAUAAUUCUGAUGUUAACCAUUUUAGGAAUAGCAAAUUACGUCCAGUCAUAGAGAAGAAAGCCUGCUAAUAAUAUAUUCUUACCUGGAGCUCACUGUAUUAUAUGAUGUCACUCACAUUAUUUAAAUUCUUAAAGAAGUUACACUGUUUAUUAGUGGUAUUUUUGUUGUCUCGUCUUGUUUUGAUUUAGCUUCUGUAAAAAGCUAAAUGCCUGUGAAUGCAGUACUUCUCCUUUAUAGGCAAAUGCUAUUGAUACAAGCUCCUGCUCAAAUUUCAAAAUGAUUUAUAGGUUUAAAAAAUCUAGUUGACUUUAUUGAAGUUUCAAAGGAAGGUAAAUAGGCAGAAUUUAAAAUCCAGAUACAGCAUGCUUUUUUGUACCUUUGGGGCAGUAUUAACAUAAACACGGAAUAUAUGACUUUAACCACUAUGAAGAGUGACAGGGUAGACUAGCUACCUCUUUUGAGACAUGUGGCUGGUAUUUCUUGGGUACUUCCUUUGUAUUGGGAACACACAAUUUUUUUUUUUAUUCGACAGAAAUAUAUUAAGAAUGUGUUACCAUUCCAGUCUUCUGUUUCACACUUACAUGGAAAAUGUACUUAUGAAUGGACACGUUGAAAUCAUGUUUACAUCUUUGACAAAACAAAAAUGCUGCUAGUUUUUUUUUUUUGCUUGUUUUUGAUUCAGAAAUACAUUUUCAUUGUUCCAAAUCAGCCUUGUUUUUGAAAAAAAUAGUUUGUAUUUAUUAUUAUUGUGUAAUUUAGGUUAGUGAUUUUCCUCACUAAAUGCACUCUUGUACUACUAGUUUUUGGUGUCAGCGUGGUUACUUUCCACUUAAAGUUAGAGGCAGAAUCUUAUAAAAAUUAAAAAUUUUAUUUUACCAAUAAAUAGUCCCAUAAGUUACAAAAUGGCAUCAACUUGCUAAAUUCCAAAUUAAUAGGUUUAUUUAAAGAUAUACUUUCUUUGUAGGCAUCUGUCUGAGGACUAUCAUUUUAAUGUCUUAUUUUUGUGGUCCAGUAAUAAAAAUGUCUAAAAUUACUAUCAACUUCCAAUUUCAGAUGAGACAUUUCCUUGAAAUAGUUAUCUGAGUUUCUUCUUUGUUGAAGAUCAUCUCUAAAAUAGGAUAUUUUUACAAACUGGGAUAACUUGUUGCAUUAACUAAAUGUUACUUCAUUUUACUUUAACUAAGAGUUUAAAAGUCAUUAUAUUAUUAAAAAGUCUUUGCAAUGCUGUAACUAUAAAGUAUCAAAAAUUAAGGGAAAGAAUAGCCUCCUUAAUUUCUUGGUUUCUGUUUGGCCUAAAAUAUUAUCCUUUUGUAAAUAUUUUCAUUUAGUGUACCUUGGAUCUUGUUAAUUUAUCACCAUAGAUUUAUUGUUUUAAUACAGGGAUAGCAAUUUAGCAAUUUCUUUUUAUCUUGCAAACAUGCAGAGUUUGCCAUCCAGUCACUUAAGAGCAAUCCCUAGCUCCUUAGCAAUGUGUAUUUGAAUUCACAUUAUUCUUGUAUUACAGCAGUUUUGAAAAGCAUAUAUUGUGCCACUGGUUGUCCUAUUAUUUUUAGAUGAUGUAACAUAACCAUCAUGAUACUAAGUAAUAUCUAGUAGUAUGUUAUAUAAAUUUCACAAGGUCAUCAUUUUCACAUUAAACAUGAAAAAAAAUCAA